AUGUAUUGUAACAUUCGCAAGAAAGUACGUCAACAAAAACAAACUCUGCUGAAGUGGAAAUCAACAAUAUGCAUCCUGGAAAGACUGCGCUAUGGGGUUUGAUAUAUGUCACGCUGACGUUUAUUGUGUUCGGAGCACCACCUAGAGUUGUGGAGAUGAAAGCAGCAGAGGCAGAUGUCAAACUGUCAGAAGAUGAUCUUAAACCUCCUGACCAUCUGGAUGCUGUUAAGCUAGAGCAGGAUGGCAUGAUUAAUAAGGAUUUCCAUAAAGAAGUAUUCCUGGGAAAUCACGAAGAGAUUGACGAUGAUCAACCAGAGAUUGCAGAAGGAAAGCUCAAAGAAAUUUUCAUGAAGAUAGAUGCAGACUUUAAUGAUAAGCUGUGCGUGCCAGAGGUGGCUGAGUGGAUUCACAUCAAGACCCAGGAACAUUUUGAUGAGGGGAUGAGGGACAAUGAACACAUCUUCAAACAUAUGGACCCGGAUGGGGAUGGUCUGGUAGACUGGAAGGAAUACUACAUGCACUUUAUGCUUGCCAAGGGCUACUCGGCUGACAAGGCAAAGAAGCAUGUCGAGGAUUAUGACAUUGAGAUGGACCAAAAGGAGAAGGACCAGUUGAUAAGAUACAAGUUUAAAUGGACCGAUGCAGAUAUCGACCCCACAGACAACAAACUGUCCAAGAAAGAAUUCCUGGCAUUCAGACAUCCUGAGCAGAGCGAACAAGCAAUGUCCAAUAUGGUGAAAACCAUUAUGCAUUCCCUGGACCGAAACGAGGAUGGUGUGCUAACAGAAGAAGAGUUUACGUUGCUGCCACCCGGUGUUGUGGAAGACGAGGGACAAAAACAACUUGACGUUCAGUGGCAGGAUGAGAGGCGUGAAGAGUUCCGGAGCCGGAUUGAUGCUGACCAUGAUGGCAAUGUGACCUCCAAUGACUUGAUGAAAUAUAUAGACCCGCGCAACAAAGAAAACACAGUGAUGGAUGCGCGGAACAUUAUCAGUCAGAUGGACGACAAUAAAGACUCGUGUCUCUCAUGGAAGGAGGUUGAGGACCACAAGAACGAAUUCAUACAGAGCAAGGUCGUCAAUGUGCGCAAAAUACUACAUGACGAAUUUUAGAGAGGGGUUUUGUAAAUAGAGGUUUUGGCUGUGCUCUUAUACAGCUGUGAUAUUGUCUUAAAAAAAUCAAAAAGGAAUUUGAAAUGAUUUUGAAGGAUGACCUUGACCUUGAACUUCCACCACUAAAUAUGUGCAACUUCAUGAGAUACACAUGCAUGCCAAAUAUCAAGUUGCUAUCUUCAAUAUUAAAAAAGUAAUGGCCAAUUUUAAAGUUUUCGGACGGACAGACGCCAUAUAUUUGACAUUUGACCUUGAAGGAUGACCUUCACCUUCACCUUUCACCACUCAGAAUGUUCAGCUCCAUGAGAUACACAUGCAUGCCAAAUAUCAAGUUGCUAUCUUCAAUAUUGAAAAAGUUAUGGCCGAUGUUAAAGUUUUCGGACGGACAUCCUUCAAGGUAAAAAAUAAAUAAAAUUCAAACGGCGUUCUCGUGAAGCUGCACAUUUUGAGUGGUGGAAGUUCAAGGUCAUCCUUCAAGGUCUAGGUCAUCCUUCAAGGUUAAAGGUAAAAAAAAACAAAUAAAAAAUUUCAAAGUGGCAUUAUAAUGAAGCUGCACAUUUUGAGUGGUGGAAGUUCAAGGUCAAGGUCAUCCUUCAAGGUCAAAGGUCAAAGAAAAUAUUCAAAGCAGCGUUAUCAUGAAGCUGCACAUUUUGAGUGGUGUAGGUUCAAGGUCAAGGUCAUCCUUCAAGGUCAAAGGUCAAACAAACAAACAAAAAUCAAAGCAGCGUUAUCAUGAAGCUGCACAUUUUGAGUGGUAGAAGUUCAAGGUCAAGGUCAUCCUUCAAGGUAAAAAAAAUAAUAUAAAAAAUCAAAGCAGGCUUCUCACGUAGCUGCACAUUUUGAGUGGUGAAAGUUCAAGGUCCAGGUCAUCCUUCAAGGUCAAGGUCAUCCUUCAAGGUCAUAGGUCAAACAAUAAUAAUUUCAAAGCGGCGUUCUCAUGAAGCUGCACAUUUUGAGUGGUGGACGUUCAAGGUCAAGGUCAUUCUUCAAGGUCAAGGUCAUCCUUCAAGGUCAAAGGUAAAAAAAAAUAAUUUCAAAAAGGCGUUAUCAUGAAGCUGCACAUUUUGAGCGGUGGAAGUUCAAGGUCAUCCUUCAAGGUCAAGGUCAUCCUUCAAGGUGAAAGGUCCAAAAAAAUAUAAUUUAAAGCAGCCUUCUCAUAAAGCUGCACAUUUUGAGUGGUGGAAGUUCAAGGUCAAGGUCAUCCUUCAAGGUCAAAGGUAAAAAAAAAUAUCAAAAAAAAUUCAAAGCGGCACAAAAGGGGGCAUUGUGUUUAUCUCUUGUUUUUUUUAAACAUGGUUAAAAAACACAAAUAUUUAUUUUAUUAUUUUAUUUUUGAAAUACCGUCCAACCAUCCCACCCAAGAAUCCCCCCCCCAAAAAAUAAUUUUGUUUUUGCAUUUUUUUUGCAUUUAUGAAGAUAAGGUAAUAAAUGACCACCCUCCCCCCCCCCCACACACACACUAUACACCCCUCUCCACUCCACCCUUCCAUCCUUUGUGAUUGAAAUUGAGAUAGGUCCCUACACCUUUAAAAAUAAAAAUAGAUGAGCGGUCUGCACCCGCAAGGCAUAGCUCUUGUUCAAGUAGUUUUCAUCCGAUCUUCACCAAACUUGGUCAGAAGUUUUAUCUAGAUGAUCUGAAGGCCAAGUUGGAACAUGGGCCAUGCCAGAUCAAAAACUAGGUCACAGGGUCACUUAGUACAUUUUACACAUUGAGCAUGGUUACUGCUCUCUAUUUCAAGUAGUUUAAAUACGAUCUUCACCACUCUUGGUCAGAAGUUGUACCUAGAUGAUGUGUAGGUCAAGUUCGAAAAUGGACCAUGCCGGGUCAAAAACAAGGACACGGGGUCACUUAGUGUGUUUUAAACCUCACCAUGUUGUCCGCUCUCUAAUUCAAGUUGUUUUCAUCCAAUCUUCACCAAAAUUGGUCAGAAGUUGUAUCUUGAUAAUGUCUAGGGCAAGUUUGAAUAUGGGUCAUGCUGGGUCAAAACAAGGUCACGGGGUCACUUAGUGCGUUUUUAACAUCACAAUUAUGUCCGCUCUCUAAUACAAUUAGUUUUCAUCCAAUCUUCACCAAACUUGGUCAGAAGUUGUAUCUUGAUGAUGUCUAGGUCAAGUUUGAAUAUGGGUCAUGCCGGGUCAAAAACUAGGUCACAGGGUGUCUUAGUGCGUUUUAAACCUCACCAUGUUGUCCACUUUCUAAUUCAAGUAGUUUUCAUCCAAUCCUCACCAAACUUGGUCACAAGUUUUAUCUAAAUGAUCUCUAGGACAAGUUUGAACAUGGGCCAUUCCGGGCCUAAAACUAGGUCACGGGGUCACUUUUUGCGUUUUUAGCUCCACUAGCCAAUGGCCAGCGGGGCUUAUGUCAUGGUCCUGUGUCCGUCAUGUGUGCGUCCGUGCGUGCUUCCGUGCGUGCGUGCGUUAACUUUUUCUUUAAACAUCUUCUUGUCCUAAACUACUCGUCCAAAUCUGAUGAAAUUUCUCAAGAAUGUUCCUGUGGUGAACCUCUUUCAAAUUUGUUCAAAUUAUGCCCCUGGGGUCAAAUUUGACCCUGCCCCGGGGGGUCAAAAAAUUGAAAUUUGCUUAUAUAAGGCCUAUUUUGUGCAAACUUUAUAAAACUUCUUGUCCAUAACCAUUAGGCCUAGGGCUACCAAAUAUGGUAUGUAUUGGCAUCUUAUAGUCCUCUACCAAGUUUGUUCAAAUUAUGCCCCUGGGGUCAAAUUUGACCCUGCCCCUGGGGGUCAAAAAAUUGAAAAUUUGCUUAUAUAAGGCCUAUUUUGUGCAAGCUUUAAAAAUCUUCUUGUCUGUAACAAUUGGGCCUAGGGCUACCAAAUUUGCUAUGUAGUGACAUCUUAUAGUCCUCUACCAAGUUUGUUCAAAUUAUGCCCCUGGGGUUAAAUUUUACCCUGCCCCGUGGGGUCAAAACAUUGAAAAUUUGCUUAUAUAAGGCCUAUUUGUGCAAACUUUAAAAAUCUUCUUGUCCAUAACCGUAUGGCAUAGGGCUACACAAUUUGGUAUGUAGUGACAUCUUAUUGUCCUCUACCAAGUUUGUUCAAAUUAUGCCCCUGGGGUCAAAUUUGACCCUGCCCCGGGGGGUUAAAAAAUUGAAAAUUUGCUUAUAUAAGGCCUAUUUUGUGCAAGCUUUAAAAAUCUUCUUGUCCAUAACCAUUGGGCCUAGGGCUACCAAAUUUGGUAUGUAGUGACAUCUUAUAGUCCUCUACCAAGUUUGUUCAAAUUAUGCCCCUGGUGUCAAAUUUGACCCUGCCCCAGGGGGUUAAAAAAUUGAAAAUUUGCUUAUAUAAGGCCUAUUUUGUGCAAACUUUAAAAAUCUUCUUUUCCAUAAUUAUUGGGCAUAGGGCUACCAAAUUUGCUAUGUAGUGACAUCUUAUAGUCCUCUACCAAGUUUGUUCAAAUUAUGCCCCUGGUGUCGAAUUUGACCCUGCCCCAGGGGGUUAAAAAAUUGAAAAUUUGCUUAUAUAAGGCCUAUUUUGUGCAAACUUUAAAAAUCUUCUUGUCCAUAACCAUUGGGCCUAGGGCUACCAAAUUUUGUAUGUAGUGACAUCUUAUUGUCCUCUAUCAAGUUUGUUCAAAUUAUGCCCCUGGGGUCUAAUUUGACCCUGCCCCGGGAGGUCAAAAAAUUGAACAUUUGCUUAUAUAAGGCCUUUUUGUGCAAACUUUAAAAAUCUUCUUGUCCAUAACCGUAUGGCAUAGGGCUACACAAUUUGGUAUGUAGUGACAUCUCAUAGUCCUCUACCAAGUUUGUUCAAAUUAUGCCCCUGGGGUCAAAUUUGACCCUGCCCCGGGGGGUCAAAAAAUUGAAAAUUUGCUUAUAUAAGGCCUAUUUUGUGAAAACUUAAAAAAUCUUCUUGUCCAUAACCAUUGGGCCUAGGGCUACCAAAUUUGGUAUGUAGUGACAUCUAAUAGUCCUCUACCAUGUUUGUUCAAAUUAUGCCCCUGGGGUCAAAUUUGACCCUGCCCUGGGGGGGUCAAAAAAAUCGAAAAUUUGCUGAUAUAAGGCCUAUUUUGUGCAAACUUUAAAAAUCUUCUUGUCCAUAACCGUAUGGCAUAGGGCUACCAAAUUUGGUAUGUAAUGACAUCUUAUAGUCCUCUACCAAUUUUGUUCAAAUUAAGCCCCUUGGAUCAAAUUUGACUGUUCUCCAGGGGUCACAAAAUUGAACAUAUGCUUAUAUUGGGCCCAUUUUGUGCAAACUAUAAAAAUCUUGUCCAUAACCAUUGGGCCUAUUUCUACCAAAUUUGUUAGGUAGUGACAUCUAAUAGUUCUCUACUUAGUUAGUUCAAAUUAUGCCCCUAGGAACAAAUUUGACGUUGCCCCAGGGGUCACAAAAAUGAACAUAUGCUUAAAUAAGUCCUAUUUUGUGCAAACUUUAAAAAUCUUCUUGUUCUUAAUUAUAGAGCCUAGGGCUACUAAAUUUGGUAUGUAGUGAUAUCUAAUAGUCCUCUACCAAAUUUGUUUAAAUUAUUCCCCUGGGCUCAAAUUUGACCCGGCCCCGGGGGUCACAAACGUUUACCAGUGGAGAUUACUGCGGCCGUUUGGCUGUGGCCAACAACAACAUCAACAUCUUGUAAACAUGAGAUAAAGCCCUGUCAUUUAGUGCCAUUUUAGGUCAGAUGGUGACUGCUUACAAAGGCAUUGAAGUAAGAACAUGUGUUAUGAAUGUUUUUCUUAUAAACUGAAAAAAGUCUGGUUUUAUUUAAAUAUGUCGAAAGUGACCAUAUAUCCGGAUGAAAAUAUUUUGGAUGACAUGUUAAUUUCAUGUCUUUUUUGUAGUGUUAAAACCAGUUUAAUAAUAUAUUAUUGAUUUUAAAAACACAACUUCCAUGAACAUAAUUAUUUCAAGGAAAGUCAAUAUAUGAUACUGCACGGUAAACUCAAACUUUGUAUCCAAGAGAAGGUGUUGAAAUUAAUGAAGUGCAAUGUUCUUAACUAUCAUAUAUGCUGCUUUUUAAUAACUAAUGAUUCAUUGUUCCAUUUGUGAAUAGUGACUGAUCAUGAAUUGUUGAAAUGAUUGUCAAUUGCUCAACAAUCCAUAUAUAUUUCUGACCAUUUUAUAAUUGUCUUAAUACAAGUUAUGAAUUGAUCUUAGAAGUCAUAUGUAUUACUUAAUUAAAUACAUUUAUAAAUAUAAAGAAAUAAUCUUUAGAUUAUCAUAAUAUUCUCAGGCCUGUUGGUCUUAGGGAUGUGUGGGUUAAUGUGCAAUUUCUCCUUUUAUCACAAUUAUUUCUACCCUACCUGAUCAUUUCCUUCAUAUUCCAUUUUAAUUCAAUUGACGUCUGCAACCUCUUUCAAAUUGGGAAAGUCCAAAAUGUGUUGUUUGGUAAAGGGUUAAGGCAUUUUGAUUCCUAUGGGUCUUGUGAAUCUGUUUCAAAUCAAAUAAGUAGAUUUGAUCUUCAGCAUCUAAAAAUAUGUGAAAUAGAAAGAACGACAAUAUCUUUUGGAGAGAUAAAUGUACCUACGUUAUAAGCAAAGGACCUGUGCAACAAUUCCCGGGCUUUUUUGUCUGUUUAGUUAACACGGUAGUAACUUUUUCCAUAUAUAAAAAUGCUCACCCUUCCAACUUUAUGCGCCCAGUGGGAGGAGGGAUAGAAAGAGAAAGUCACAUGCUUGAGUACAUUUCAACCCAUGCGCAUUACACGUUUUUUUCGCAAAGAAAAAACAGGGGAGCGAUACAGGCCAUCAUGGCCCUCUUGUUUAACAUUCAGCAUGGUGUCCGCUCUCUAAUUCAAGUAGUUUACAUCCGAUCUUCACCAAACUUGGUCAGAAGUUUUAUGGAGAUGAUCUUAAGGCCAAGUUAGAACAUGGGCCUUUCUGGGUCAAAAACUAGGUCAAGGGGUCACAGUGCGUUUUAAAAAUUGAGCAUGGUGUCCGCUGUUUUUUGUGAAGACGACAUGCAAAAUAUUAUGUGUCACUGCGGCAUGUGGGGUUAUUCGUCACGCCUGUGACAAAGCUCUAGUUGUUAUUGUUUUGCUCAACAUUCCAGAAUCUUCUAUUGUGAUGUAAUGGACAUGCAUAAUAUUGUAUGUAAUGGAUUGAAAUAUAGUUCUGUUAUUAUUAUGCCCCGGGAUCGAAAGAUUGGGGAUAUAUUGUUUUUGGCCUGUCUGUCUGUCUGGCAUUCAUUUAUUGUAUGUGUGUCCCAAAACUUUAACCAAAACUUUAACCUUCGUUCAAGUUUGGUCAUAACUUUUUGAAUAUUGAAGAUAGCAACUUGAUAUUUGGCAUGCAUGUGUAUCUCAUGAAUCUGCACAUUUUGAGUGAUGAAAGGUCAAGGUCAUCCUUCAAAGUCAAAAGUAAAAAUAUACAAUCCAAGGGAAGUAAUAAGCUUUAAAAGGGAGAUAAUUUGUAAACCUGCCAAAUGAUAUAUUGAAAUUUUAUUUCAAAGUGGCGCAAAAGUGGGCAUUGUGUUUUUGACAAACACAUCUCUUGUUCAUUAUGUGUCUUUAAUUAUUAUGGAUGUUUUAUUUUAUUAAUGGAUUGUGUGUAUUUUCUUAAUGACUGGAUUAAUGUUCUUUAUUGAUUAUUUGUAUGUAUUUGUGGGUCAUGUCUAUGUUCUUUAUGGUUUGUAUGUUCUGUUCUUUAUGGAUUGUGUUUAUGUUCUUUAUGAACAAUGUUAAUGGUUUUUUUUUUGGUUUGUGUUUGUGUUCUUUAUAAACUGUGUUUUAGGUCUUUGAGGAUUUUAAUUUUAUUGACUGUGUGACUGAGGUUAUGUUCUUUAAGGAUUGUUUAAAUGUUUUAUGGUCCGUGUUUAUGAACUUUUUAUGCCCCCCUUCGAAGAAGAGGGGGUAUAUUGUUUUUCACAUGUCGGUCGUUUCCGUCGGUCGGUCGAUCCGUCCACCAGAUGGUUUCUGGAUGAUGACUCAAGAACGCUUAGGCCUAGGAUUAUGAAACUUCAUAGGUACAUUGAUCAUGACUGGCAGAUGACCCCUAUUGAUUUUCAGUUCACUAGGUCAAAGGUCAAAGUCACAGUGACUCAAAAUAAGAAAAUGGUUUCCGGAUGAUAACUGAAGAAUGCUUAGGCCUAGGAUCAUGAAACUUCAUAGGUACAUUGAUCAUGACUGGUAGAUAACCCCUAUUGAUUUUCAGGUCACUAAGUCAAAGGUCAAGAUCACAGUGACCCAAAAUAGUAAAAUGGUUUCCGGAUGAUAACUCAAGAAUGCUUUUGCCUUGGAUCAUGAAACUUCAUAGGUACAUUGAUCAUGACUGGCAGAUGACCCCUAUUGAUUUUCAGGUCACUAGGUCAAAGGUCAAGGUCACAGUUACUAGAAACAGUAAAAUGAUUUCCGGAUGAUAACUCAAGAAUGCUUAUGCCUAGGAUCAUGAAACUUCAUAGGUACAUUGAUCAUGACUGGCAGAUGACCCCUAUUGAUUUUCACGUCACUAGGUCAAAGGUCAAGGUCACAGUGACUCGAAACAGUAAAAUGGUUUUCGGAUGAUAACUCAAGAAUGCUUACGCCUAGGAUCAUGAAACUUCAUAGGUACAUUGAUCAUAACUGGCAGAUGACCCCUAUAAAUUUUCAGGUCACUAGGGUAAAGGUCAAGGUCACAGUGACUCAAAACAGUAAAAUGGUUUCCUGAUAACUCAAGAAUAAUUAGGCCUAGGAUCAUAAAACUUCAUAGGUACAUUGAUCAUGACUGGCAGAUGACCCCUAUUGAUUUUCAGGUCACUUGGCCAAAGGUCAAGGUCACAGUGACAAAAAACGUAUUCACACAAUGGCUGCCACUUCAACUUACAGCCCAUAUGGGGGGCAUGCAUGUUUUACAAACAGCCCUUGUUUUAUUGUAUAUCCACAUUCUGUAUAUCAUGUUUUACAUUUUUAUUGAAGAACUGAUCUCCCAUUAUAAAUCCAUAUUUGUAGAUAGUGGAAAUCUGUUUGUUUUUAAUUGUAACAGUGAUUUAUCAGACACCAUAUUAAUAAUCACAAUUUAAAUCAGCCUCUGCAAUUCUAUAUAUGCUUUUAUAUAUGUAUCUAAAGGCAAUAUAUUACUUAUAUAUAAUCAUGGCAAUACUGUAAAGUAAAAAUUGAGUGAUUCAAUAAAUGGUAUUCUAUAAAUAUAAUUGAUUUAUUGUAAAAUGUUAAUUUGAUAUAAUUUUUAUUUUAAUGAACACACGAGGGAAAUACUCAACAUGUUUAAGCAAACCGUCUUAAUUGUAAGUUAUAUUGUGUUGUGAUUCUUUGUCACUUGUUAUUUAUAGUAUUAGUGAAACUGUUAUGUCACAUAUAAAAUAAACUUACAUUUUAUAAAUGCAGCAAAACUGUGAACACCUUUAUCCUUAUCCUUACAUAUGUGUGGUAAUAUUAAUUGAUGAGUAUGUAAAUGCCCGAGCUUUAUUUAAGAUAUAAGGUUAGUUAACAAAUCAGGACCAUUGUUUUAUUUAUUGAAACUAAGUACAAAAUGUAGCAUGUCCGUGAAAUUAUAGUUAAAAUUGUCUGUGUAAUAUAAAACUAGUUAUGUUUACAAAAUGUUAAGAUAGUAAACAUUGAAGCAAUAAAAAACUUGUUAACGUAUGCAGAUAGGUAUAAUAAACAACCAGAAUGAU